AUGGGGGUGCAAAAAACGAAGAGACAAAAAUUACUUGCCAAAUCCAAAAACAAGCGCUCUAAACAAGCCAAUAUUGGUGAAAAAACGCUAGCUGAUAGAUUAUCAUUACCGGUCAAGAAGGGCGUGAAAAAAGGAGCAGUACAAGGUCAAAAAGAUGGAUUUCGAGUAAUCAAUGGCAAAUUGGUAAGUGCGAGCGAUGUUGGUCUCCUUUUGCGGGAAAUUCAGUCGAAAAAUGCUCCAAAAAAGGCGAAAUUCGCUAAUCGCGAAAGAAAACCUUUCGAAGUGGAGGACAGCAACAGGAAGCAGCAGGUGACUAAAAGUUCUAGACCGGCUCCUAAACCAUAUGGGUCGAGUCUGUACGUGUCGCUAAGCAGUCAAAGGGCUGCAGAGUUUUUGAGAAUACGAAACUUGCCUAUUGGAACUGAUUCUCAGGCCCUCAUUGUUUUCGUAGAGAAACUUUCACCCGCCAAAGUACUCAAAAUGAACUUGGUAGAUCUGCCCAGCGGUUCUGGAAUAGCCGAAUUGUGGUUCGAGAAAUCCAGUGUCUCGUUGUUGCGCACUAUACAGAGGAAAGUGGAUAGGGCAAACGUCGACGGGCGUGUUGUGUUUGCCGAAAUUGCUUCGACCAGUUGA